CGCUUAAUACACAUACUUACGAACUAAAUUACAAUGCCACCAAGACGGAAGCCGCCUGUGGAGCUUGACGAAACCCCUCCAAAACCGUAUAUUGUGGAGUACAAUGACGUGCUUCCCGCCCCAGAUGCAUUGAACAGCCGCCACACCAGUCACUCCACCAUCACAGCCCAGCACCAGGCCCAGUACCAGGAGCAACAAUGGGCCACAGAAGUGCCAGAGUUCCCUCCUGCCCCACCACCCAAACUAUCCCUCGAUAGCCACUCGAUGGAGUCGGGUCCACCGACGCCGAUCGUAAACACGCCCUAUCCGAGCUAUGACGACAGUUUAUAUCGUAAAGAGCCGAUUUUUCUGCCCCAAACCACCCCGGGGAAGCCUCUAGGACCGAGAAAGCUUCCAGACUUUGACAACAGUUCGCCCCUGACCCCGUCCAAAAGCGGAACCCGGGGCUAUCCCCGAAGUAGCUAUCCGGACGGGCUCGAGCAAUCUCCCUCGAAGCAUGGAUCAACUUAUCCAACGAGAAUUCAAAGCUUCCAAGUAUAUGAAUCGCAGGCUUACCUUGCAAAUGGAGCUCUGGACCAAAACCAUGAACCACAGACGUCCCAAAGCUUAGGUGAUCGCCCUCUUAUGACCCCCAAUUCGGAAUACUCCUACCCAGAGUCCCCUUGCACCUCUCCCAGACGGUCUGCCUAUGAGCCGUACCUGUUUUUACGGGAAUCCCCGACGAGUGACAGCCGGUCAUGGUAUGAUGCCAAAACAAGCCCGAACCAUUCACGGGAGUUCUAUAAACUGCAGAAUCCGUCAGCCGGCUCACUCGCGUUCCAUAACAACAACAACUCGGUGCACCGCAACUCGUACCAGUUCACAGCCGACUCAUCUCCAUCGCUCACACCCAGGCAGAGCCUUGACUCUGUGAAUAGCGGAUUUCGUAUCGAGAGCCCAAAAGCCUUCAGCCGGUCCCCCACACUAUCUUCCGGCUGGAAGACCCCGGAAGAGGAGCUUGGGAAUGUGUUUGAGGGGAACGUUCGGUCAGGGACGACGGCCACUGCCUCCACCAUUGUCUCGGAGGGUAAACCUGGACCCAACUCGUUUUACUCUGACGUUGGUGACUAUAGCUUGGAUACCACCAAUUUUCCCCCUCCUACCACGGACUUUGAGAUGCUAAAUAUCAAGCUCGUAGCGAGUAAUGACUCGUUGGGGCUCAACCCGCCGACCGAUAAUGAAGAUGAAGCUCGCUUGAACGGUCAAGACUCGUACUUGCGAAAGAAAAACGAGGCGUUGCCCCCGCGGCCGCUCGAGCUUCCAAACCUCCCGUUCUCUGCUGCCGCGCUCGUGUCGUCACAGUACAAGCAGUGUGGAACCGACUUCUGGAACUUGUCCACGCUCUGGAGCUGGUGCAAGUUCUUGUCCAUCUGGUCGCAGGGGUCGAGCAUUCUGGUGGUGGAACUCGAGAAGGCCUUCUACGGGCUUGUGAAGUAUCACUACAUCCAACGGGAAGCCGAGAUUCCAGAGCAUGAGGUGAUGGUUGAGACCGCUGUGGCCAUCGUUGCGAGUUUGGUCGAAGCGGGCGCGAUUGAAGAUGGAAGUAUCAUGGGCCAGGGAACCAAAGACGAUGGGAAGGAAGAUCCCAAUGACUUCCUCUCCCUUCCCCAUUCUCACACCACUUCUGAUGUGGGGUUCAACCCUAGUGUCAGCGUCUCUGGUGUGUUUACGCCAUUAUUGCCGUGUUAUGGCUGUGAUAAGCCCGCCGACGCGGGGUACAGAUGCUACGCGCCGCUCUGUCCGCUAAGCUCAAUCAGCGACACAAAGUUCGACCUCACGCGGCUCCGUACAGCGGAGUUCAACCAGUGGUACACGUUCUGGGACGUGAGAAAAGACGAAGUUGAACGCUUGGGAAAAGACGUGGUUGAAAGACAGUGCUCCAUCUUUGAGAUCUUGAAGCUCACCUACUUGAUGGUGGCUGAUGGUGAGCGGUUUGUCGACGGCUGCGGGGCGAGCUUUCUCCGUGAGAGCCCGCCACUUGUGCCAAACGCCGAUCGGUUCUACGAAUACUGUUUCGGAACGGUAAAGGCGUUGGUGGAAGUGAUGAAGCGGGAAUUGCUCGAGCCCCUCGUGGAGAUCUUUGUGCGCGAAGGCAAGUUCAUCAAAUCAAGCUUCAGCCGGUUCUUUAUUAACUUUGUGCGCGACUCAAAGCUUCCUUACCUCAACUACGCAACGUACAAGGUGUACGUGGUUGCGCUCAUCGACCAUGAGCUCAAGGACAAGAAGGCGUCACGAUUUGCGCGGUGGUACGCGCAGGUAGACGGUGCGGGCGCGUGGGCCAAGUUCUUCAAGUACAUCAACUACAUAAUCUACCCGAUCGACGUGGCGAAGCCGUUUGAAACCAUCUUGAGGCUUACGCCGCCAACCCACACGGACUAUGCGCCGAUAGCACGUGUGUUGAAAGCUUUACGCCGCUUGAACAUCCGCAGUGAUGAGAUGUACUACGUGUCACAGAACCACCAGACGUUGCAGAAGUUGCGUGCCCAGCUCUACUGGAAGCAUGUGCCGAAGAUCAACCUUAAUCUCUCGCUGAAGAACCGCAAGCUUGUGAAACAUGACGUGGUGUACCAGAAUCGGCUCUUGGGGAGUGACACCACGGUGGACUUGAUUCUCCUUGAUAACUACUUGUUGAUCACCGAACCGACAAUGAAGGAGACGCUUCGGCUCAAGGUGGUGGAGCGCCCGAUCCCUAUGGAGUACUUGGUGGUGGAGAUAAAGGACGAGGUUGAGGAGCGUCCGGAAAUCCGGCAGUCACCGUCGUAUUCGUUGAAGCUUCUCAAGAGCUCGAGCACCCACAGCAGCUUAACCGCAAAGGUCAGCGAGCCCCAAACGGUGUUUUCGUUCAAGGUGCGCUACGCAGGCGAGGCCGAGUCGCACACUUACUAUACCAAGGAACGGCAGACGCGCGACACGUGGCGCGAUGUGAUUGUAAAGGCCAAGACUGCGUUGUUUGACCGAAUCAGGGAUAACGAGCCAUACCGGUUGCGGGUGUUGAGCGAUGCGGCUUUUGCGUGUGAGGAGGUGGUGAGGCUUCCGUUGUGUGCACCAGGAGACCCGAUUAUGGUAGCUCUCCAGGAAGUGUACUCUAAUGGAAAGACUGAGUCUGAAGGAAGGGCGCACGAGGUUGGGGGUGAUGUGACUUCCAAGGACUCAAUGUCACAGGCAUUGGUUCUAAGGAAUCUGGUAGAGGAAAGGUCACGGUCCAUCCCCCGCCCGUUGAUGACCUCACGGGUCAAUUGCGCCGCCUCCUUUGACAUUGACGGCGAGAACUACGCCCUUGUGGGUCUCGACUAUGGUGUCUAUAUGACCCCUCUAGCAUCCCCUCGCGAGUGGAAGCGCAUCUUGGAUCUCCGGAGCGUCCGCCAGAUCGGAGUCAUGCCGUCGUUCGAUCUAGUGUUGGUACUCUCGGACAAGAGCUUGAGCUACUACACGGGCGCGCGGGCGCUCUUCGGCGGGGCAUACCGCGGUACACGCGCAAAGGCGGUCGGCACCAAGCUCCUCUAUAAGGACAUCGAGGCGUUCAAGAUCGGUGCGUACAAGAACAGCACCACGUUGUUCCUCAUCAGCCAUGUGCGCACCAAGAGCAACUCCAAGUUCCGCGUGCUCUACCCCAUCCGUGACCCCGCAACAGACCGCUUUGACUCCUUCCUGAAGGACUACAUCUACAAGUUUGUGAUGCAGGCCGAAUGCUACGGCUUAUCCGUGUUUAAGUCUGUGUUUGCGGUGCACACGUCCAAAGGCUUCGAGGUCAUGUCUUUGGACAACUUGCGCCCAGGGUCCAUCCCGAUCCUCCCCCCGGCCUCCGACAAUCGUGAGCUCGAGCAGAUCCGCCAGAAAUUGAACGCCACGGUACGCGCCAUGGGCAUGUUCAAGUUGCACAACAACCAAGAGUUUCUCCUCGUGUACGCGGACUUUGCCAUCUUCACCAACCCGUUAGGUGAGUUGUCGCGCGGGUCAAUGCUCAACUUCCGCUUCCGCUGCUCGCGCAUCAACUUCUAUGACAACUACUUGGUGUUGGUUUGCGACGAGGCGGUCGAGGUGUGGGCCAUCAGCGACGAACGCACGGGGUCCAAUAAAUUGGUCCAAGUCAUCACAGGGAAGGAUAUCCGCAUGUUGUCCGGCGAGGAUGACAAGGCAUUACGCAUUGUUAUGGCCCAUCCAGAGGUGCCAGGAAGACAGCUUGUGUUGGAGAUGGUGAAAAAUCUGACCUAAGCCCUUGUCCAGGGGAGGGUUCAAGAUUUUAUCCUUGAAUCCACGUCAGAGGGUUUCGUGAUUAGGAAUAAUAGUUUGAUAUCUCUAUAGAUGGUGUGUUCAUCCCCUUAAGUUUUUCAUCGGGUUUA